AUGGGAAGACGCUUUAUGAGAAUAUCUGCCUCCACCUCGGGACCUUCUUGUCUAGUAUGUCCUGUGACCUCGGUGCUUCAUCUCCGCCGAGGAGGGGCCGAGCGGGUGCUCGGGGGCCUCCGAGCCCUAACCUCGGCGGAGCUCGGGGGUGAUUCAGUCAGCCUCAGUUACUGAACAGAGCACUUCAAGGAGGAAAGAAAGAAUAUAUACUAUACGUUCUCCAUCAACCUGAAUUCCCGUCUUACUGACCCAUCAAACCGAACGACCAUCAACACGAAGCCAUCAACACGAAGCAUACCUGAACAAUAAACCCAACCCAAUCAUCAAAAUGUCCACCACAACCACCACCACGGCAUCCACAACUACCAUCACCACCGAACCCCCCAAAUCGAAAUACACCGGCGCCAACCGCAUGACCUUCGACGGCAACCCAACCUCCUACAACGACUUCCGCGACGCACUCAGCCGCGACGGCUACGCGGUGAUCAAGGGCGCGAUCCCGCGGGACCGGGCGGAGAAAUACGCGGAUGCAUUUCUGGGAUACAUGGAGGGAUUCAACCUGGGAUAUGACCGGCAUAACCCCUCGACCGUGCGACGGGACAAGCUACCCGUGCUCAACGAGAAGGGCAUGAUCCAGUCGUACGGGGUGACGCACGAGCAGUGGGUGUGGGAUAUCCGGGGUGAGGAGGGGGUGAUUGAGGCGUUUGCCAAGGUGUAUGACGAUGAGGAUCUGAUUGUUUCGUUUGAUGUGGUGAAUGUUGGGUUUGUCAACCGCGAGGACCUACCUGAGAACAAACCCUGGCCACACCAAGACCAAGACCCCGCCAAACCCGGUUUCCGGUGCCUACAAGGCCUGGUGAACCUGCACCCGAGCGGCCCCAACGACGGCGGCCUGAUCGUCUGCAAGGGCGGACACAACCUGAGCGCGCAGUUCCACGCGGAGAUGGCGGACGAGCCGCGCAUCCCGGCGUGGACGCCCGAGUGGUUCGGCUUCACGGAUAACGGCAUGAAGUGGCUGGCCGACCACGGCCUGCAGUGGGAGAAGGUGUGCUGCGACCCCGGCGACCUGAUCGUCUGGGACUCGCGCGUUCCGCACUAUAACGUCCCGCCGACGGGGAGCGUGGAUCGGUUGGCGGUGUAUACGUGCUAUAUGCCUGUCAAGGAAGCCAGUAAGGGGGAUUUGGUGAGGAAGAGGGAUGCUUUUGAGCGUCGCCUGGGAACCACGCACUGGCCGAAUGCCGUGCAUGUGGCGCCGACGAAUAUCGCGACCAGAGAUGGCAAGCCUUGUCCUGUUGCGCGGGAGAGGCCGGUGCAGGAGCCUGUGCUGAAUGAGCGGACGAUGAAGUUGACGGGGAUUCCGUAUUUGGAGGCUAUGGCUUAGUUGGUUUAUCAAGGGAUUUGGGGGGUUGUUGUUUCUUUUGUCGGUGGUGAAUGGUGAGCUGGUUGCUGGGAAGCUGAAAGACAGGGGGGGGGGGGUUCUCCCCCCAAA